UUCCUGCAUCCCAGCAGCAGUAGAUGGGAACUGGGAGGAACCGACAGCGCUCCAGGUGUCGCACUAACACACACACACACGCAGGCAAGCAGACGCGCGCACACGCACACAGCGCGCGUUUUGCGCUAUUCGCCCUGAAAUCGUCGCGCGAGCUGCAUCGAAAACAUCCCCUUGCUUGGAUGGUUGUAGAAGGUGGAAGUUCACUUGGUUGGAGUGCGCUUGGCAGUGGCCCUCGGUAGUGCACCGUGCGGAGGGGAGAGCCUGUGAAAGCGGACGCGGCUCUCAGCUCGUCGUUUCCACCCGAAUGUCACCUUGCGCCUUGUUGUUCUUCAUUACGUCAUUUGUUUAUUGCUCAGAGAAUUCCGUCCGUGAUUCGGAAAGAGGGCGAGGAAACUCUGAGAGGAGAGGAGACGAGCACGGCUGAACAACAUCGGCAGGGCUGAUCUAAUAGAGGCUAAAACCAAAACAGCUUGUGCUUACAGUAAUUGUUUUAUCUCAGGUUUUAUCAGGGAGUUUCAUCGUGACAGUUCUUGCCUGUUCUUCUACCUAUGGCUUUCUUAUUGGAGAUGGAAAUCUACAUCCAGAUUUCUUCAAACCUGCUUUAUGACAAGGUCCCAGAAUGAAGCAAGUCUCCAGUUGGUAAAAAUGAUUCCUUGCAGAAGUUCCACCAGCUGUGAUCAAGUGGAAAACAUCACAAUUUUCAUAAAACACUCAGCAAUGAUACUUUAUGCAAAGAGAACUUCUAUUCAAGACAUAUGACCAAAACAGACCCAGAUUUACUAGGACAUAACAAAUUGGACAGUAGAUAGCAGCGAAGCAGAACACUCAAGUUUGACAUGGAGGUUGAGAGGCAAGAGGUCACAAACAGCUCCCUCGCCAAGACCUCUCAUAAUGAUCCAGAUGAGGAAAAGAAUCAAGUUCACAACUGUGACCUCUGUGGCAGGUCGUUCCUUUUCUUAAGUUCUCUGUCACAGCACAUGAGGAAGCACACAGGGGAGAAGCCGUACAAGUGCCCCCAUUGCCAGCACCGUUCAGCCCAGAAAGGCAGCCUGAAAGCCCACAUUCGCACCCAUAAGGUAGAUGGUAUGAAUCAGAGCACUAGGGUUAAUGAGGAAGAGGUGGUAGAUGAAGGAGACAAAGAAGGAGGAGUACCUGAAGAGCAGGGUGGUUGUUCCAGCCCAACAGAAAGUACAUCUGCUUGCAAUAAAGUGGUCAGUGGCGAGGAGACCACAAAGACAAGAAAGAAAGGGGUUAAGAAAGAGAGGGCAAACAGUGAAGGAGGCAAGCAGUGUUCACUGUGUAGGAAGAGGCUCCGGAGUCAAGCUGAGCUGCAGCAGCAUAUGCAAGACCUUCACAAUACCUCGCAGGAAGAGCACUUGCAGGCAGAAACACAAAACACGCAUCCCACAGAGGAAAACUCCACCAUGGAGGAAGGGCCCAACAUGGAGGAAAAAGAGAAUGAGCUUGGUAAAGGGGACUUUCCAUGUGAUCAAUGUGACCAAGUCUUCACUCAAGCCUGGUUCCUCAAAGCCCACAUGAAGAAGCAUCAAAAUGCACGCGAUCACGGAUGUCGCAUUUGUGGCCGGCGAUUCCGUGAACCCUGGUUCUUGCGCAGCCACAUGAAGACACACAACACCAAAUCCAAGCCAAAGAAUGAUUCUGAACUUCCUGUGACUGUUAAUGAGGUAACACAGGUUGAAGCUUCCCUGGUAAAUGAUGUAUGCCUAUAUGAACUGUGCGCCAAAUGUGGUAACUUCUUCCACGAUCGCAAGAGCUUGCGGCUCCAUGAACAAGUUCACAAGAACACAGAUCAUUCUACUGACAGUUGUGAUGGUCUUUCAUCUCCUCUCACCAAGAGACGCUUCCUAGAGCGCCUGAACUUGAGAAUGGCAGGUGAAAUGGAGAUGCUCUCAGAAGGAAGGCUUGGCAAGAGGAUCCCUGAGUUGGACCCUGUUAGCAGCUAUCAGGCCUGGCAGCUGGCCACCAGAGGCAGGGUGAUGGAGGUUUCUGAAAAAGGCCUGGGCUGGGAUGAGAGGUUAGCAGAUGCAGAUGUGGUCUAUGACAAGAAAAAGGGUGAAUAUGUACUAUUGAGACAGGAGAAACGAAAGAAACAAUUGGAUGCCACUCUAAAUAUCCCUAAUAAGAAGAAGCGAGGGACAAUGACUCAAGGCUCAAGCAACACCAGCACCUCCACUGAUCUCCAGAAGUAUCCAGGGCAGAUGCCGCUAGGGGAUGGGAGUGUGGAGAGUUUGAGUGACUCUGAAUAUCGUCCCUCUUCCCGCCAUAGCCGUAAAAAUUCCCAGAAUAAGACCUCUGAGUGCUUGGAGUGUGGAAAAGGAUUCCGAACUCAGCAACAGAUGGUGAUUCACAUGCUCAUAAGACAUGGCAGCAUGAGUGAAACCAUAAAUGGGGUUUCUCUCCAAAAUCUCUUUCCUAAAACACAGCCCAGCCUUUCUAAACCUGUGGACUCUGCAGAGGACCAAAGUCAGAAAAUACAUCCUGAAGGUGCAGAUAAAAUGCCAUACACCUGCGACCACUGUGACUUCAGCACCGCUGACUCAGCUGCCAUGGCGUCCCACAUAUGCGUUCAACCUGCAGCUGUCAGCAAUGAGGCCUUAACCAGCACGAUCACCCAAAGCCACAGUCCUUCCACCAGCCACAGUGGCUUCCCCAGGCUGAGGAAUGCACUACUACAGCAGCCCUGUUUGCCCACCACCUCCUCCACCCACCUGGAGAGGGCAGCACUAAGCAGCACAGUGGAUGAGAACGGAGAUGAGGAGAACAAAGGGCAUGGAGAGGCCAGUUCUGACAAAAUGGAUGCCAGUCUAUUGAAUCUCUCUGUGGAGGCUGCAAGUGACAAAGCAGCAGCUGGAGAAUCAGUCCAGAAUGGUCUAGUGAGACAUCAGUGCCCAUACUGUUCCCAUGCCACACUAUACCCUGAGGUUCUCUGGAUCCAUCAAAGAAUUGCACAUAAAAUCGACAGCACCACUCUGAUCCCUAAGUGGGCUCCUAAAAACGGUGUUAAGGGACCCAAGUCGAUUCUUGAUUUCAAGAGGCGCACUGGACCACCUCCAUUUCUGGAAGGCAAGGACUGCCCCUCACUGCCUCAGACACGAAUCCUCCGCACAAGUCCCCCUGAAUUAAGCCCCGGAGGGACCAAGGAGAAGCCUCAAAGCAACAGCACUGAAUCCACUUACUCUCAAAGUAAGGGUCAGCAUGCUGGACGACUGUCACACUCCUCGAAGCAAAGUCCCAGCAGGUCCCGGAUAGAUGAAGUCAAGUGCACCAAGAACAAAAUGGAUGCCCACCAAUAUAUCACUUCAUCGACAAGUAGAACAAGACCAACACCAAGUCCUCAAAAGACUGGAAGCAGACUAAUGGAAAGUAGCUUGCUGCCCCAAGAGGGACUCCGCUUCAUGCUCACCAGCAAGCACAAUGCUUCUGAGCAAAGAAGUCCCAAACCUCAGACUUCCACCCGAUCUGAACCUCCAGCCCAGGACACAGAGCGCUCUCCUGGAUAUGACCUCUGGAGUAGGCUCAGUCUAGGUGGAUCAUCCUCACACUCCCAAACUAAAAAGCAGCACACAGGAGACAGUCCAGGAGCUCUUACUGACAUCUACAGUUUCUUGAAGAAUUGCAACCCUCAUGAUUUGGCAGCGCUUUAUCAUCACUGGGGCUUUAGUAACAUGAUGAUGGAGCAAGCAGGGAUGGCGAGGUCAGGGCAAAAAGAGGGCGAGUACGUCUGUCCAGUGUGCGGGAAGAGCUUUAGCCAACCCAGCCAUUACCGCACACACAUGAGAUCUCAUACAGGUGAGAGACCGUUCCAGUGUCAGUACUGUCCCUACAGUGCUUCGCAGAAAGGCAACCUGAAAACCCAUGUCCAGACUGUACAUCGGCUCACCUUUGACAAUGCCCAGUACCCUGACAGGAGGCUCCACCAUGCCCCAUCUGUUGACCACACACACCCUUCCAGUCCUGGAUCAUCCCACAGAGCAACCACUUCCUGAAAAAGGAAACCCUCAGCUACACGGGUUAAAGAGGAGAACAUGUCCAUCCAAAGAUCUGUUAUCACCUCGGAGGUAAUCUGUUCAUAGACGUAACCAAGGAGGGCUGAUUUUAUUAAAAAUACUUCAGUGUAUAUAUUAUAGAUGUUCGGUUGUCUUUAGUUUCAGGUUCUGUGCCAACUGUAAUCGGAAGCCGGUGUGAACAUUUUUUUGACACCAGUAAAUCAAACUAAGUCACUUUGCAAACAAACAGCAAUGUUUCUAAUAUACUCCCUUUUUCCUUCUUAACCUGAACUCAUUUCAUACUUGACCGAAAUGUUGAACCUGAUGCAACGUACUGUAGGUUUUUAUGCACUGUCCUAAACUAUCAUCAGUGGGUCCCUUACAAUGCUGCUUCCUCACAAAUAAUGGCCAGGAUGAUGUUAUAAAUUGAAAUGGUAGCCUUAGUUUGUGUGCUUGUGUGUUUGUAUAUUUUACUCCUCAGGACUUCAGUUAGAUACAAUUCCAAAGUCUGUAUUAUUAUUAUUAUUAUUAUUAUUAUUAUUAUGAUUAAUUGUGGUACUUCUGGAGAACUUGCAGGUCAUCUGUUUGGCAUUAUACACAAAGUACUGAUUUCAGAGACUAUGGUAUGCCUGAGCAUUCUUCACUUGUCCCAGUGGAAGAAUCCUUCAACAAAAUUCUGAAGUCAAAACAUUUGGGAAACUAAGAACCCUUAAUUAUCCAAUGAACUCUUAAAGAACCCUUCAAGACUGAUGGUUUCUCAGAGUACUGUAUGUAUUAACAGUGUAUCAGGUGUUUGAAAUGAAAUUUAGGAUGACAUGGUGGUGGAGUAAGUAGCAUUACCACCUCAUGGCAGCAGGGUUCCCAGUUUGAUCCUGAGCUGUGACUGCUGUCUGUAUGGACUUUCACGUGUUUUCCUCAUUUUCCUCUGGGUUCUAUGGUUUCCUCUCACCUCCAAACAAAUUGCUCAUAGGCGGGCGGCACAGUGGUGUAGUGGUUAACACCAUACCACCGUACCUUCUUGCCUCACAGCAAGAAGGUUCUUGUUUCGAGCCCAGUGGCUGAUGGGGACCUUUCUGUGUGGAGUUUGCAUGUUCUCCCCGUGUCUGCGUGGGUUUCCUCCGGGUGCUCUGGUUUCCCCCACAGUCCAAAGACAUGCAGGUUAGGUUAAUUGGUGGCUCUAAAUUGACUGUAGGUGUGAAUGAGUGUGUGAAUGGUUGUUUGUCUCUAUGUGUCAGCCCUGCGAUGAUCUGGUGACUUGUCCAGGGUGUACCCCGCCUUUCGCCAGUAGUCAGCUGGGAUAGGCUCCAGCUUGCCUACAACCCUGUAAAUGGUUAAGGAAAUAAAAAUUGCUCAUAGGCGUGAAUGUGUGUGUGUGCAUGAUGCCCUGCAAUGGGCUGGAAUCCCAUCCAGAGUGUAUUCCCCAACUUUGCACCCAGUAUUCCCGGAAUAGGCUCCGAAUCCACAGGAACCCUUACCAGGAUCAAGUGCUUCCUGAAGAUGUUUUGGUACUCAGUACAUUAUUAGAAAAAGGAUUCUUUAAGGCUUUAUUGGAUAAUUAAAGUUUCUUAGGCUCCUUAAAGGCUUGAACUUGGAACCCUUUCUGACACUGAAACACUCUGUUGUAGGCAUCUACAGAGAACUUUUAAGGGUUCCACCAGAGGGACAAUCAGAAGAAUGCUUCAGGUUUCUAAAAGUUUCACAACAGCAGGAAUUUUAUUUUAGAAUUUCUUAAUUCAUGGAAGCCUGUGUCUUGUAAAAUCAGGGCCAGUUUUCUAGAAAGCAAUUAAAGUUAGUCUUAACAUUAUUGGGCCCAAUUUAUUGUUAUUUUUUCCUUAGGUCAAUGGAACGAGCAGAAAUGUCUUUUUUGUUUUUGUGACUUCACAAACAGAAAUUAGAAACAGGAGUCAGGAAAUUAUCAAUUUUCAGUUUUGUUUGUUUGAUUUACCCUAGUUUGAGUUUUAUUCUAUCAUUUAUGUCUUUUUUUUAGAAUUAUGCGAUUAUCAUUAUCUUAAAAUAUAAAAAAAAAGUAGAAAAAAAAAUCUGAUGUAAGCUGAUGGCACAUAAGGACUUAAAGCCAUGGUAAUUUUUUUCCCCCCAAUAUUCAAGUUUUUGCUGAAGGACUUUGAAUAUAAAUGUACAGAACUGCAAUUUCUCUGUUAUUAAUUACAUUUAAAUUAUUGCAUUAUAGAAACUAGCUUAAUAGCUCUGAUCAGAUCUAUAGAUCAAGAGGUAGCGUGUUUUAUAACGCCUUUAAAAAGCUUUAGAAUGCCAUAUUUUUAGAUGGUAAAUACUUACAGCAAGGAAAUUCAUGGCCAUAUAUUUCUAUGAAUGUUGAAUAAUAUACUUAGGUAUUUACAUAUUUAGUAAUACACACAUGCGCAAGUUUGAAUACGUUCACAUAUUUACAGUAGUCAGCAACGAACAUUUGUCUUGAUAUUUCCUGAUUGCAAUGUUUAUGCCGAGUCUUAAUGAAGGAAUAUUCACUGAUCCCAAAAAAAAUGCUAGCCAUAAGGCAUCCCCAUAAUGUUAUCCUGGUUACACUCAUAUUUAUACAUGUUCAUUUGUCAGAUAGUUUCAUUGAAAGUGAUAGCUGCAUCUAAGGUUAAACUUAAAUUUCCCGACACAUUGGUGAACACUGAUAGUAUGCAUGCAAUGAAAGUUAAGUGAUGGGUGACAAUUUAAAGGAAAACCCAACAUAAUGUGUGUUGAUAAGGUGUUGGGCCUCAACGAGCCACCAGAACAGCUUCAAUGUACAUCGUCAUAGGUUCGACAAGUCUGUUGAGCUGUACUGCAGGAAUGAACAUUAGAAGAAGAACAAACUAAUUACUAAUAUGUUUUACUCACAAUGACUAACAUUAAUAUGUUUAAUCACUGAUCAAGGAGAUAAACAUAUUAAUUGAGUACCAUUUUAUUCCUCUCAUUCCUGCAAACAUAUGCACCAAUUGUUUUUACACUUAACAGUUAUUCCACGAAAUUGAGUCAUACAUGAGCUGAUGGCCGAUGAGGUGCGAAGCACCGAGUUAGCUAUAAGCCAUGUAUGACGAGAUUAAAGCUAUAUGACCUUUCAAUUUCAUAAAAUCAGUGAAAUUUAGUUCCCUCUGAAAUUUGGUCAUUGUGAUAUGUAUAUUUCUGUAAUAUCUCAACCCCCCCCAAAAAAACAAAACAAAACAGGCCAUUCUGUGAUUCCCAAGCAAAUAAUGUGUAUGAAAUCGCUCACGUCACACAGUCAAACAGACAGAGGAAGUCUGUGUGCGCAUGCACAAGUUUUCCUUCUUCUUCUUCUUCUUCUUCUGCUUCUUUUGGGUUUUACGGCAGCUGGCAUCCGGUGUUGCAUUACUGCCAUCUACAGGUUUACCUUUGGCCGUGCACUGACAGUUACAUCAUUCUGUCACUAAACGAACAGCUGAUCACACCAAGGUGCUCGCUGACCGCCAAUAUUUAUUAGUUUGGUCCUGCAUUUCCUUUCCUUCAUGUAUAAAACAUAACGUCUUUUCUUCUCGCUUUCCAUUACUGUAGUCGGUCUUUCACGUUUCAUUCGCACACUCACGUCCUCCAUUUUUCUCUCCUGUUUCAAAUUUGUAUCCCACAAGGCCUUGCACAAACGCGGAAAGCUCACCACAUGAUGCAUGACGUAGUAUCUUGAAUUGGGUCAUGGUGAAGCAGGAAAAUAUAGCGGAGAAUUUAGGGCCACGUGGCCCUAAAUUCAUUAAUUGUUCUAUUAAAAAAAAUUAAAAAUUGGAAGUCUGUAAUUUGAAUUCAGUAGCUUUUGGUCCACUGAACAAAAAUAAUUUGGCUUCAGGGACAAUUUUUUUGUUUUGUUUUGUUUACCUAAACUUGAAAAAUCUGGAAGGCAGUCUACUUUUAAGUGGAAUAACUGUUUUAUUCUAUCCACAUUCACUGGAUUUUGAGAAAUACAGCAUUUUUAUUUUUUUUGCAAAUUCGAUCAAUAAAAACUUCAUAAAAAAUGCCCGACAAAAUAAUUUCCGCUUAGAAUAUAAACAAACCGGCGAAAUGACAGUAGCAAUUUGUGAAAAAUGCUAUAAUAAUUUUUGAAAAAUAAAAAAGAUACAUUCUUACCAUCAUAUACUCUCAUUCCGUAUUUUAUUGCUUUUUUUGUACUUUUGGGGGUUGCUUUCAGGUAGUUUUUGUUUCGUCCUCGGUUGAUUCAGCAACACGCGCCGCCAUUUUAUGUUUCUCUACUCACGCGAUAUGAGCUGAUAUCCUAGUAGUAGAGUAGCCAAUCAGAGCAUGCAAUUACUCAUAUCCAGUGAAUGUAGACAGAAUAAUGUAUAUUAUACUAGAAAUUAGCUGAUUAUCUCUGAAGCAUAUAGAUCUGACACGCCCGGUCAUAGUUUUCAGCUUGGUACCGCUAGUUCGCCAAUAAACACAACUUUGAACAUAAAUAAAACUGACUCAUUCUAAAAGAGUAACUGGAUGAUACACAAAACUAAGCUAACAGUUUGCUUGGUCUUUUUAAAGCGUAUUCAAAGAGUAUAAGCAAUAUCUCCUAAUAAUCAUGUGCUCAGGGUUUGAAUCCAGCUGGAGACUUUGUAGCCUUGAAAAUUAAAUGAAUUCUAAUAAAACUGAAGAAAAUAACAAUCUAGUUGUGUUAUUUUAACAAAAGCUACAUGUAAAUUAUCACUUAUAUUUUUUAGACUGCAGUCAGAAUAACUUUGGACUGAUUUGUAGUGACACAAACAAUGCCAUAAGAUAUUCUCCAGUUUUUCCUUUAAUUUGUCACCUGCCUCUAUGUAAAGUAUUGCUGAGCAGUACAAUAAAUCAAUGACUAAAAUUGAUUUUAGUUAAAACAUUCAAGCAACAAAUAUUCCUAUGCUGAAUUAAAUUAUUUCUUUGCUGAGCUAAAACCUAGAUGCAUUAGAACAGAAGGUAAUGAGUGAAAUAGCAUGGUUUGAAAAAAUGAAUUAAAAUGUUUCAUUAACAGUAGUUUAUUUUUUUCCCUCUAUUUCUUUCUUAUAUAACAUUAUUUUGUGCUUUUGAGUAGUGGUAGUAGUAGUAGUAAUUCAAUGUAUGGAUUUUUGUGGUAUGAGUUUGUGUUUGCCAGAUUUAUUUCCCUAACUCAAUGAACUACACAGAACUGUCAGUUACAUGUUUGGAUCCAUUCCAUCACAUAUACACUGUCCAUUAUUUAAGUUUGAAGCCUCCCAAAAUAAAGUUUACCUCUAAUAUUU